GUUUCCUUCUGUUUCUGCACUCCAGAUUCUGCCCUUUCACCGUUUCUUAAAUUUCUGGAGGCGGCUUUGACUGAUAUCGAGUUCUCCGGAGCGUCAAGCACAACGUUUAGUUCUGGGGGCGGAGAUGUGGCGUCCGCAACCCCGCCGGCCGUCGUCUCGUACACCCCCAUCCAGUCCAUCCACCGCGGUGGCACGGCGGCAUCCUGCGUGACAAUCAGUUCUGGGGGCGGGGGGGCGGCGACGAGAUGUCGGUCGUCGUGUCGAGUUGCGCCGUGCAGUCUUCACGUCAUGGCGGCCCGGCUCCAGCAAACACCACCACCCGCGUUGGCUGGAAGCGCAGGUACCUGCUGAAUCUCUGUCGCCUGCUGAGUCGGCCGGCGACUCCGGGAAAAUCUUCGAUGCUGUGUCUUGCAAGAUGGGCGCAGCUCGCCGUGCACAGUGUUCAGGAUUGGGUUUCGUUGACGCCGGGGGAGGGGAUGGCCCAAAGGUGUGAGUGCGUUGAUUUAAUUAAGUGCGUCAGGGUGUGGUUGGGGGGUUGGUUUCGCUCGACCACGUGUGCCCAUCUGUGUUCUGACAUGAGGUACAUCCAGACUUUUUACCGGCCGACCGCUGUACAUAACAGCCCGGGUGAUUUAUUACAUCUAAUGGAAUAUUACAUUAAAGUGGCGAUUACAUGUAGUUCUACUUCACCCACGUUGCACAGUCCUGCUAAAUGCACAACAUAUGAUUCAAGCGAGGGAUAUUGGGAUUCUAACGCGAGAUGCUUGUGCAUGUUUGAAUGAUGACGUGCAAACGACCAGGAGCAUGGUCCUUAAAUACAUCCAUGGCGAAAAGUGUUUACGUUAUAUAGUGCCUCAGUGCAACGGUAAUAUUUCGUCCUCUCGCCCUGCACACGGACAGUGCUCUGCAGCGUGUCUCAGUUUUUCUGUCAGCGCAUUGUUCUUCGAAUACGCGAAAUACUCCAAGUAGCACGUCUGGCCGCUACUAAUCGCAACGCUGUGCCAGCCGUCGAUGCGCUGCGUGCAGCUGCCGCUGCGUGCAGCGAUGCACUUCUCGAACUAGACCUUUCCUCAAUCCUGCUCUUACUGGUUCUUGCUCACUUCUGAACAUAUCCACAUUGCUUGCUUUUUACAGACGUCAUAUGAGUUCAAAAAUUGAGUCGGCUGACGAAGCAAAGGAAUUGCUGGCGGAUCUCCUUGAUGAAACUGUACGAUCUGGCUUUCAAACGUUAUCCUCUGUUCCGAGCCAUCCACUUGAAAAUGAAGGUGCUCAAUUCCUCCAACCCAUCCCAGGCACCUUCACAGAAGCUAAAACUUCUUGGCCAUCGACAAAUGCAGGCAUGAGUAAGCAUGAGGGCGAAGCAGGUUGUCACAGCAUCACUGCUCGCCAGGAUUCAGAUGGGAGAAAGAAUUCAAGGGAUGAACUUGCAACGGCUGAGCAAGACCGUGAUUCAAAACGGCAACGGUCAAAUGGGGCGCCUGGUGAAGCAACUCUGGUGAUGCCAGGGUAUUGUGCUGUGGAGAAUUUCAGCGCCAAGCCGAGUGGUGGAGAGGCGGCCGCUCCAUGAAGUACACAUUCUGCUGGAGCGUUUGGCUGACCCGUUUCGCUGAUCGUUUUCUCCUGGAACUUGUGACAAUGUUUCUUUAUGAUGCAACUCUGUUACCAAGUACUAGUGCUUGUGUUGGGACUAGUGUCGAUCACUUAUGCCACUAAAGUAUGUAAGCUGCUGAGUAAUGGGUGAUGCUAUGGUGUACUGUAAUGAUGAGGAUUUAUUGCUGCUGGAAUGGGAAGAUCUGUGUUGCGUCCCAGGUUCCUGUUGUUGCUAGUCCGCUCUUUAGAUUUUGGUUAGCUGCUUCUCUUGGAUUUCUUCUAGUAAUGGAAAUUGGGGGAUCUUUUAAUAAAAAUACAGAGUAGAAUGUAAGCUCCUGUUAUUCGGAAAUACUAAUGCCCACAUGUGUGGCAGUUUGCAACUCGCCCACACGCGUGCAUCAUUGUCCAGUGCAGUUUGCACGAAUCUUGACACAUUGAGGCAGAAUUUGCAUGCCACGUAGGACGGGGCUGGUGUAUGGGCGUUGGAGAGUUUGCCCACACGCCCCGCACCAUGCUGUUUGCCAGCUGCGUUGUGUGGGCAAACUUGUUUCUGCCCACACAGUCAUCACCUAGUCCAUUCGCGUGUGGGCGAACUGCUUUUUGCCCACACGACACUCCUACGUCGUGGAUGGCAACUGCAGUCAUGCGAAUGUGGCAACUAGGUAAACACACAUGGCAACUGUGAUUCUUUGCUAGACGACAACUGCAGUUGCGCGUUCGUGGCAACCAGAUAAACACACAUGGCAACUGUGAUUAACCAUACAUGGC